CACCACAACCAAUUCAUUCACCCGGCGGGCGAUCGGAAAGUGCACGGAACAAUGAGCAGUACGGCGGGGAAGCUGGUGACGUCGAGAUCGGAGCUUAACAUCGAAGAUUAUCUUCCUUCCGGCUCGUCCAUCCAUGAACCUCGCGGCAAGCUCCGCCUGAUUGAUUUGAUCGACAUCUCACCGACUCUCACUGAAGCUGCUGGUGCCAUCGUUGAUGACUCAUUCACAAGAUGUUUCAAGUCGAAUCCACCAGAGCCUUGGAACUGGAACAUUUACCUGUUUCCUCUAUGGUGCUUUGGGGUGGUUGUUAGAUACUGCAUUCUCUUUCCCUUGAGGUGCCUCACUUUAGCUUUUGGGUGGUUUAUUUUCCUUUCAACAUUCAUCCCCGUACAUUCGCUGCUCAAAGGUCAAGACAGGUUGAGGAAAAAUAUAGAGAGGGUCUUGGUGGAAAUGAUUUGCAGCUUUUUUGUCGGUUCAUGGACAGGAGUUGUCAAAUAUCAUGGCCCACGCCCUAGCAUUCGUCCUAAACAGGUCUAUGUUGCCAACCAUACCUCAAUGAUUGAUUUCAUCGUCUUGGAGCAGAUGACCGCAUUUGCUGUUAUAAUGCAGAAGCAUCCUGGUUGGGUUGGGCUUCUGCAGAGCACAAUAUUAGAGAGUGUAGGAUGUAUCUGGUUCAAUCGUUCCGAGGCAAAGGAUCGUGAAAUUGUAGCGAGAAAGUUAAGGGACCAUGUCCAAGGAGCUGACAAUAAUCCUCUUCUCAUAUUUCCCGAAGGGACGUGUGUAAAUAAUAAUUAUACCGUGAUGUUUAAGAAGGGUGCUUUUGAAUUGGGCUGCACUGUAUGUCCAAUCGCAAUCAAAUACAACAAGAUUUUUGUUGACGCCUUCUGGAACAGCAGAAAACAAUCAUUCACGAUGCACUUGCUGCAACUCAUGACUUCAUGGGCAGUUGUGUGUGAAGUGUGGUACUUGGAACCCCAAACUAUAAGGCCUGGUGAAACAGCAAUUGAGUUUGCAGAGAGGGUGAGAGACAUGAUAUCUCUUCGGGCAGGCCUCAAAAAGGUCCCUUGGGAUGGAUACUUGAAGUAUUCAAGACCAAGCUCCAAGCAUAGUGAACGCAAGCAACAGAGUUUUGCGGAGUCCCUCCUUGCUAGAUUGGAAGAGAAGUGAAUGUAACGAUAAAGCACCUUUCCGUUUAGAUAAAACAAACUUCGUGGCUUAUUUUUGCUUUAGUUUCUCUACGUUUUGUGAAUCUUUCAAUAUGAAUUUUUUUGUAAGACUACAACCGGUCUUAUUCACGAGCUCUUCCGAGUUUGGAAAGGCUAAGAAUUUAAUACAUUCAUUAAAGAAAGAUUCAAUC